GAUAGAAAAUUCCUGAAGCCUCUCGGUUCUUCUGCCGGUGUACCGCAUGCUGAUUUGCUCAGCUUAAUGGAACGAGAACAAGGGUGAACCAACGACUGCCGCUGAGUGAAAUCCUAUCCCUGUAACUGAUCGGUCCUCAUUUUACUCGGAACUGUACCGCUGCACUUCCCGGCGUAUCUGCUCCACACUACAUUACCCACUUAGCUAGUUAUAAGAUGUCAGUUGUAGGAUUCGACGUGGGCUAUUUGAACUGCUAUGUAGCAGUAGCCCGAGCCGGUGGGAUCGAAACUAUCGCCAAUGAAUAUAGCGACCGGUGUACACCAGCAUGUGUUUCUUUUGGACCACGGAAUCGAUCAAUUGGUGCAGCUGCAAAGAGCCAGGUUGUCACAAACUGCAAGAACACGGUGCAAGGCUUCAAGCGAUUUCAUGGUCGGGCAUUCUCGGAUCCAUUCGUGCAGCGCCUCAAGCCCAGUCUGGUCUAUGAUAUUGCACAAAUGCCCACAGGGACUACUGGAAUCAAGGUCAUGUAUAUGGAGGAGGAGAAGGUGUUCAGCAUUGAACAGGUCACUGCCAUGCUUCUGACCAAGCUGAAAGAGACCGCAGAAAAUGCACUGAAGAAGCCCGUUGCUGACUGUGUUGUUUCUAUUCCCUGCUACUUCACUGACUCUGAAAGGCGAUCAGUGGUUGAUGCUGCACAGAUUGCAGGACUCAACUGCUUGAGGCUCAUGAAUGAGACGACUGCAGUGGCUCUGGCAUAUGGGAUUUAUAAGCAGGAUCUACCUGCUCCAGAAGAGAAAGCUCGGAAUGUGGUGUUUGUGGACCUGGGCCAUUCUGGAUACCAGACAUCAGUGUGUGCUUUCAACAAGGGCAAACUCAAGGUUCUUGCCACAGCCUGCGAUCCCGAGCUGGGAGGCAAGGAUUUUGAUGAGGUAUUAGUCAAGCAUUUCUGUGAGGAAUUUGGCAAAAAGUACAAGCUGGAUGUGAAGUCCAAGCCCCGGGCCCUAGUCAGGCUCUACAUGGAGUGUGAGAAACUGAAAAAGCUCAUGAGUGCCAACUCGUCCGACCUACCGUUGAACAUCGAAUGCUUCAUGAAUGAGAUAGAUGUGACGGGAAAGCUCAACAGGGGUCAGUUUGAAGAGAUGAGCGCUGACCUUUUGGCCAAAGUGGAGCCUCCCCUGCAGAGUCUGCUGGAACAAUCCAAACUUAAAAAGGACGACAUCUACGCGGUAGAGAUUGUGGGCGGGGCUUCAAGGAUCCCCGCCGUCAAAGAGAGGAUAAGCAAAUUCUUUGGGAAGGAAUUGAACACCACGCUGAAUGCUGACGAAGCGGUGGCCAGAGGAGCUGCUUUACAGUGCGCAAUGUUGUCGCCUGCCAUCAAAGUGCGUGAAUUCUCCAUCACAGACGCUGUUCCAUAUCCCAUCUCCUUGAAGUGGCAGUUUGACGCCGAGGAAGGUGUCAGUGAAUGUGAAGUCUUUCCCAUGAACCACCCAGCACCCUUUUCCAAAAUGUUGACGUUCUACCGCAAAGAGCCUUUCUCCCUGGAGGCGUACUACAACAAUCCUAAUGUGCUGCCCUACCCUGACCCAACCAUCGGUCAGUUUCUGAUUCAGAAAGUUGUCCCGCAGGCUUCCGGUGAGAGCUCCAAGGUGAAAGUCAAGGUGCGAGUGAACAUCCAUGGAAUCUUCAUCGUGUCCAGCGCUUCGCUGGUUGAGGUGAUCAAGUCGGAUGAGACAGAAGAGCCAAUGGAGACGGAGCCAGUCAAUGAUAAAGAUGGGGAGAACAAGAUGCAAACUAACCAGGAGGAGCAGGAUGAGGGAGAUGGUCAGAAAGAACAAGAAGAGAAGAUGCCCCGAGAGAAUGAGGAGAUGGAGACUACCACAGAUGAGGGCAAAGGCGAGAAGAAGUCUGACCAGCCUCCACAAGCGAAAAAGCCCAAAGUCAAAACCAAAGUCUUGGAUCUUCCCAUUGAAAACAGCCCACAGUGGCAGCUAGCUGAUGACAUGCUGAAUCUUUUUGUUGAAAACGAGGGUAAGAUGAUCAUGCAGGACAAACUGGAAAAGGAGCGGAACGAUGCCAAGAAUUGCGUGGAAGAGUACGUCUACGAAAUGAGAGACAAACUACACGGCAUGCUGGAGAAGUUUGUGGGCGAAGCUGAAAGGGAUGCGUUUUCAUCCAGGUUGGCAGAUACUGAGAACUGGCUGUACGAGGAUGGAGAGGACCAACCCAAGCAGAUGUAUAUUGACAGGCUGGCAGACUUGAAGAAACUGGGACAGCCUAUCCAAGAGCGCUACACAGAGGCUGAGGAGAGGCCGAAAGCCUUUGACGAUCUUGGGAAACAAAUCCAGCAAUACAUGAAAUUUGUUGAAGCGUGCAAAAUGAAAGAGGAGCAGUACGACCACAUAGAUGAGGCCGACGUCGCCAAAGUGGACAAGCUGGCCACCGAAGCGAUGAUGUGGAUGAACAGUGCCAUGAACCAGCAGAGCAAACAGAGCUUGACGAUGGAUCCGUCAGUCAGAGUUACAGAAAUUCAAGCGAAAAUCAGGGAGCUGUUCUCUGCCUGUAACCCGACCGUGACCAAGCCCAAGCCAAAGGUGGAGCUGCCCAAAGACGACACGCCAGCAGAGCAGAACGGGCCCGUGAAUGGACAGGAGAAAGCCCAGGAAGAAGGCGCAGACACGGGAGCAAACGAUAACACGGGCAACGCCACCUCGGAAACAGAAAAAAAGCCAGAGAUGGACCUUGACUGACGCCGUAUCAAACCUCCCAAGUUUGGGAGCUGGCCACUUGAGAAUGAGUUGCUGCCUUGCGUGUGUUAUCAGUGCAAGUGGAAUGUUUCAGGAAUUGCACUUAAGUCAACAGCAGGCAGAGUUUUUAGCACACUUAUCCCAGUUGCGGGUGGUGGCUGUGUCUGAUGCCAUGGCAUCCACACCCCACCUCCCCCACCACAAUGACAUCAUUCUGAAGCCAGCUGCAAUAAGCCUGUUUGACAAUUGAGCGCCAUCUUGAUGGUAUUUAUUUCUGUCGUGUGCUCUGUGUUCUGAUCUGUGUUAAUGAUUUUAAUAAAGUUAUUGAAAACUA